UAACACGUCCUGCCAGCUGAUUGGAGGUAGAGAAGACGUGUACUUUCUCCACUGAAUCCAUUUGGAGCCUUUAUUCGCGUCUCCCGGCGUUUACAUCGCUGUAUUUCGCCCGCUUUGUUUGGCGUUAUCCGUCCGAAUCAUGACGACGGUGGAGGAGCUGAAGUUGCGGGUGAGAGAGUUGGAGAACGAGCUGAUCAAAUGCAAGCAGAAGCAGGGUGCUGCCGAGGAUGCGCACAGCCAGGCACUAAACAGACCCAAAAUUGACAAAAUGAGCUCCGAAGUGGUGGAUUCCAACCCGUACAGCCGCCUGAUGGCUUUAAAGAGGAUGGGCAUCGUGGAGGAUUAUGAGAAAAUCCGGAGCUACACGGUGGCCGUGGUCGGAGUGGGCGGGGUCGGCAGCGUGACGGCUGAAAUGCUCACUAGAUGUGGCAUCGGUAAGCUGCUCCUCUUUGACUACGAUAAAGUGGAGCUGGCCAACAUGAACAGACUGUUCUUCCAGCCUCACCAGGCGGGCCUCAGUAAGGUGGAAGCAGCCGAACACACGCUCAGAAACAUCAACCCAGACGUGUCCUUUGAGACCCACAACUACAACAUCACCACGAUGCAGAAUUUUACACAUUUCAUGGAUCGAGUCAGACACGGCGGCUUAGAAGAGGGAAAGCCAGUGGAUUUGGUGCUGAGCUGCGUGGACAACUUCGAGGCCAGAAUGGCCAUCAAUGCAGCCUGUAAUGAACUCGGCCAGAUCUGGAUGGAGUCUGGAGUCAGUGAGAACGCCGUGUCAGGACACAUUCAGCUCAUCAUUCCUGGAGAGACGGCCUGCUUCGCUUGUGCACCUCCGCUGGUGGUGGCAGCAAACAUCGAUGAGAAGACCCUGAAACGGGAGGGUGUGUGUGCUGCCAGCUUACCAACAACAAUGGGCGUGGUGGCCGGACUCCUGGUGCAAAACGUUCUCAAGUACCUGCUGAAGUUUGGUACUGUCAGUUAUUACCUGGGUUACAACGCCAUGCAGGACUUCUUCCCGUCCAUGUCAAUGAAAGCCAACCCCCAGUGCAACGACCGCCACUGCAGGAGGCAGCAGGAGGAGUUCCAGAAGAAAGAAGCCGAGCGACCAAAAGUGGAAGUUGUGGAGGAGGAGGAGGAGGAGGCGGUCGUACAUGAAGACAACGAUUGGGGGAUUGAACUGGUGUCAGAGGUCAGCGACGCAGAGUUGAAGGCCGCGUCAGGAAAAACGCCCGACCUCCCAGAAGGCAUCACUGUGGCUUAUACCAUUCCAGCUGAGAAUCAGGCGGGUGAGGAUACAGUGGAGGACACCGAGCAGAGUCUAGAAGAACUAAUGGCCCAGAUGAGUAAGAUGUAGACAGUCAGAAGACACAAAAUCUGCAACGAGACGCACUUCCUGUCACAUGACUGUACCAACACCCUCUUUUAUAACAUUGUUACAAAAAGCCUGUUGAUAUAAAAUUGUCAAUCAGUGAAUGUCUUGCUCUAACAGCUUCAGAAGGGAAAUGCAUGACAGGUGCUGCUAACAGUAUUUCUUACUC